UUUUUGUGAUUUUUUUCUCUACCUUUUGCUCGUCAAUUUUUUCGGGUCGUUCCAUUUAAUUAACAGGAAAAAUUAUCGCAAUUAUUACAAUAGAAGUGCAUUUAUCAGUACCAGUAGUGAUUAGAUAAAUAAUUUGCGAUAAAACCAAUGUAAUUUUACUAUUAUUGUUAUCAAUCAAUGAAACAGUGACUCGAAACGUAAAAAAAGUUAAAUGACAUUUUAUGGGAAAACUCUUUUGUCGGAAAAAUUUUCACAUUAUUGAUGUACCUACCUUUGCUUUUUUGUACAGAAAACAUUUUUUUUUUGUUUUAUGUGUGUCUCAAGCAACUAAAAUAUUUGUGCAAUGAUUAUCUAAAUUAGGACAUGGUUUAUGUCAGGAAAAAUUUGCUAGACCAUGAAGCAGCCGUCUUACGUCAAUCCAAUUUAACAGCAAAAAUGAACGACACAAUUUCAUUGAACAAUGAGGGAGAAGUGCAACAACAACCACAAAAUAACCAACAAAAUGGAUCCAUCGUUAAACAGAAACCGCGAGCAUUACUUCUAUGCCAACCGAAUUCGCAUCCGUUUCAGCCGCGUAACAUAGUAUUCGAUCCGGCUCAAGAAGUAAAAGUUGGUCGAUCCAUCACUCGCACGAAGAUAGCGGACAACAAUGCAGUUUUCGAUUGCAAAGUGCUGUCACGGAAUCAUGCCGUAUUAUGGUACAAAGAUGGCAAAUUCUUCUUGCGGGACACUGGCAGCAGCAACGGCACAUUCAUCAACAGUCAACGCCUUAGUUCAAAUUCCACAUCAUCCGAGCCAUAUGAGAUACGAACCGACGACAUUAUUCAAUUCGGUGUUGAUGUUAUGGAAAACAAUAAGAAGGAAACACACGGCUGCAUCGUGUGCCUGGUGAAACUGUUUGUGCCCGAGGGCGAAGAGUGUAAAACGGCACGAAGUGACGGGGUCAAAAUCGAGUCAUCAAGGAUGAUCCCGUCGACGGAUCUGUGCCGAUUAAAUCAAUAUCUACAAGAGGCUAUUCAGCGAGAACAGGUGCUGGAAACGAAAUUGUUUAAUUUGCAAAAGAUUGUGGAAACAACGAGAGAGAAUUCCAAAUCAACCUGGCACGCAAUGAUCGAAGAAGAUCGACUGCUCAGUCGCAUUGAUAUCCUCGAGAAUAAGUUGCUAUACCUACAGAAAAACGUCACCGACGACAAAUUGCGUGAUGAUAUGAUGAAACUGUUGGAGGAGAAAUGUGUCUAUCAGAAUUCUGCCAAAGAAGCGUUGCGCAAAAUUUACCAGGAACGAAACGACGCCGUACAAAAACUGGCUACAAUGGAACGAACACUGUGCAGCAGCGAAGACGAAUGCUCGUAUCUGCGUGAUCAACUACUGAAAAAUGAGGAAAAUCUCCAAACGGCUAUGACCCAAUUGGCCACCACCGAAGAGAUUCGCUGCGAAUUGACCGAUCAGUUGCAACGAUCCGAUCUGCGCGAAAGUCACAAAGAUUUGGAAAUUCAGAAUUUGUACGAACAGAUCAAAUUGCAAACGCAACAGUACAAAGAGACGUUGGAGAAGAUGGUGAAUUUGAACUUCGAAAAGGAUCUGCUGCAGGAACGACUCAAGAAAUUGGCACCGAAACGACACAACGUCAACAAUACGAUAAUGAGCUGGAUGGAAAAUUCCAAUUUGGCGGGAAUGGCCAGCGGGAAGAAUAUUAUGGAUGCAAUUUGUAACGAAGACGAUAAUGAGCAUCCCAGUUUAUCGGAGACGCACGAGAAAUUAUUAGCUUUAGAAAAACAAAUUGCCUCAUUCGAAAUUCAGAUCAAUGGAAGCGACAGCACCACUGAGUCGAACAAUCAUUUGGAAAACGAAGCACCACUGGUCAGUGAUGGAAAUCAAAAUAAUCAACAAAGUUCGGACGCCGUACUGUCGAACCACAGCAGCAACAACGAGGAAAGUAACAAUGAACUCAAUGUCAAAUCGCUGCUAAAGACCACCGUCAAUCAACUGAAGGAAAUUUGCGAGGAAUUGUGUUCGCAAGUGGUCUCAAUGAAAUCCGACGCCGAUGCCAAGGAUAAGAUCUGCGCGGACGAAAUUAAGUCGGAGGUGGACGACGACGAAGACGAUGAGGAGGAGGAUGAUGAAGAGGAAGCCGAAGAGAACGACAAAUGCACCAAAACUGACACUGAUGAAUCUCGUGAAAACAUUCAGCUGGUGUCUGAAUUGCAAAAGUCUCGCCGUAUUAUCGCCGAAUUAGAGGCAAAACUCAAUGCAUUUAAUGGCCAACCGGGCACACAGAAAGUUACUGUCCAAACCGAUACGGACGAACUGAUUUUACUGAAUGCAUUUAACGACUCAUGCGAAACGCUCCACCAUGCAUCGGUGGAAAAUCUGACCAUACGCAAAUACGCAACCGAUGCCGUUACACAAACGUCACCGCCGGUGGUGAUCGCAACGCCAACACACGAUUCUUCCGUUUCCGAUGCAUCUGGCACGGCCGACCAACCGACACAUAUCGAUUCAGAUAAAUCUCAACUCGAUCAUUCACUACCUGAUAGAAAUUUAGACGUACAAUCGGACAGCGUGGCUGAUGAUAUGAAAAUGCUAUGCGAUCCGAACAUUGAACGGGAGGAGCAGCUGAUCGCAUUUAAGGAGCGCUGUGCCGAAUUGACCACAUCGAAUUUGCAGCUGAAAAAUCAGAUGAACGACAUGCAAUUGAAAUUGUCGAACGGUCACGCAAUCAUUUCGAAUCGGAUGGCAAUCAUUGCACCGAUUGCUGUCGCUAUUAUUUGCUGGUUAAUUUUGCCAUAUUUGUAAACUAAACGAGAAAAAAGGAUGAGAGAAAUGAAACGCACACCGCGUGUGUCUGGAAGAUCUGGUUUAUGGAUGAAAAACGGAAAGCAGAAAUUGAGCGGAACCAUUUUCUUUGUUAUUUAUUAGUGUUGUUACGGAAAACUUAUACUUGGAAACAAAACAGAAACAAAC